CGCUCUCCAGAUGUGGUCUAUUCUCAGUCAAUAUUUUAUAAAAUAGUCGGACCCCACAAUCGUGAAAAGCCGAUAUGAUUUGAGAUAGUGUUCGGAUUGUGUGACUGUCAGUUAGCAAUUUCUUACCAGAACUUGGAUUUGCCAGUAGUGAUUUUUCACGGGUUUUCAUUAAAAUUUGAGCAGGUUAACUUUUUGUGAUUUAUUUUAAUCCCACGUGGUGGCUUAAAACUUGUGUUGUCAACACACAGUUCGAUCAAUAAACACGCUGUCGUUUAUUGUGUUUAAUUUCCUUGUAUAAAUCGUCUGCUUGGGAAAACUUGAUUCUAUGUGACAAUCUAGUUCUCGGACGAUGACGAAUGGAACAGACGAUAGUUCGAUUACCCUCGUAAACGGAACAGGAGGUAUGUCACAGGGAAUUGGACCAGCUUCCAACGCCCCAACAGAUGGAUACAGUGCCCCCAUCAAGGCUUGUGCGGGGUGCGGAUCUAGGAUAAGUGAUCGCUUUCUUCUUCAUGCGAUGGAACGUUUCUGGCAUACAGGGUGUUUAAAAUGUUCCUGCUGUCAAACGAAUCUGGAGCAGCUAGGUUCCUGUUUUACUAGGGCGGGCAUGAUACUGUGUAAAAAUGACUAUAUGAGAUUAUUUUGUUCCGGUGGAUCAUGCGCAGUGUGUGGACAAAGUAUUCCCGCCAAUGAAAUGGUCAUGAGAACACAAGGGAACGUUUAUCACCUCAAAUGUUUCAACUGCUACACGUGCAAUAUGCCUCUUGCCCCCGGUGACCGAUUUGGGGUGGUAAAUGGCAAUAUCAUAUGUGAAAACGAUUAUUCCAAAGCUAAUGUGAAAGGUCAAGUGAACGGAAAUUCGCGGAGUCACAAAUUUCGCGGCAUCAUACAAUCAACGUAAAUUGAAUGUGACAGAAGAAAGAUAAUUUUGUGCCAUUUCAGUAUAAAAUAUAUUUCAAGAAGCUUGAAAAACUUCAUUUUUCCCCCUGUUAUUUCACUGAACUCUGCAUUUUUUGAAAAUUUAUUGUAAGUGCUCCUAAGGCACAUCGUACAAUUGUUUUAUGGAAACUGUUAAAUUUGUUUUCUUUUCUUUUGGUGUUACAUUUUGUCUUGAGUUCAUUGUAGUGCCCUUCUUUCUACUUUCAUGGUUUUGUUCUCACCUUGGUAACAGUUCAAUACUUUGGUUUUUAAAGCAAUUAAAUUAUUUGAGUUAUGAUAUUUUGUCUUGAAAAGUUACCACAGUAUAUAUUUUACAGCAUAUGCGUAACUUUUCAUUGGAACAUUCCAUAUACAUGUACUUGAAUAACAUUCUUUUUGUAAUAAAGCAACACAUUAUGAAUGCCCAGUCUGAACAAAAUAUUCAGAAUUUGGCAAGAAUGGGUCGAAUAUUAAAGUUAAACUUAACGUUAUGUCAUAUUAUUUUUCUCAUUUGUGUUGUUCUUUUGCUACAGUCAUGUUUUUCAGUGCUGAUGUGGUAAACCGAAACCACGCUACUCUGUUUAAUUGUUAUAUCAUGUACGUACACCGGCUUCAAAUGUGUCGUGUUCGUGAAAAUAAUGAUAUUUUACUUAAUAUGUACAUUUUCAUAAUGUAAUCUGUUGUUGAUAAAUAUAUUUGUCACGCCUUCAAGUGAACGUUUUGUCUUGUUUAUUUCAGAAAUAAAAUAAUGAAAUUGUU